AUGCGGCGGUUCACCUCGCUCCGCCCGAAGAAGGGGUGGCGAGAGGAGGAGGUGCUCGUGUCGCCCCCCGCCUUCUACGCCUCUACGGACAUGCCCCCGCCCCGCGCUCCGCCGACGCACCACAGCACAACCACCACCAAAAAGAAGCGGCACGCCACCCUCAGCCGGCUCGAACGCUCCCAAACCCUCUCCACCCUCUCCGUCCCCUCGCUGGGGCGUGAGAGCGACGACGAGCACGCGACGCUGCCCACGUUGGCGGCGGCGACGGAGGAAGGCGGGCGGAGGCAUACAGGCGCGUUGGCCUCCUCGCUGCCCACGCGCAAGGCCGGCAACAAGGAGAAGUCGUCGACGGCCGCCAAGAGGCCUUCCAACGGAUUCUUCCACUCGGUGAGCGUACGCAGCAUCGGCGGCAGCAGCGGCGGAUGCGGAUCGGACUCGUCGCUCUCCUCCAACUCGUCGCUCUCCUCGUCCGCCUCCAUCUCCUCCUCCACCGCCCUGUGGGAGGACGCGCCCGGCGAUGGCGACGCCGUGACGCACGGAGCCGCUGUCAUCGCCCGCCUCGUCCGCCUCAAGACCGUCCCCUUCCAAGAGUGGAGUGUGAAGGACGUGUGCAUGUGGCUCGACCUGUUGUGCAUGGGCAUGUACAUACCGGCCUUUCGGCGGAAUGAGGUGACCGGCCAAUACCUCACCCAGAUCGACAAACACGACCUCCGCUCGAUGGGCAUGAAGAGCAUUGGUCACCGCAAGCGGUUCGAGCGACGGCUCAAGAUGCUGGUCGACAGAGAUGAGGGCGCGCUCGAUGAGCCGUCGCUCACGGAGCGAAGGGGCGCCAAAAACUCGUCGGCCCUGUGGAGUAUGAGCUACCAGCAAUCGCAGCAACAGCACCACCAUCACCAACACCAGCCGCACACGAGCUCGCUCAAGAUCCCAUCGUUCUCCAUCUCUUCGUUCUCCAUUGGCGGCGCGUCGAAGAAGGAGCGCGAGGAGAAGGCCAAGCAGAAGCAGAAGCAGCACUCCAACAACAGCAGCGUGUCGAGUCGCGGCUCGGUCGACGAUAGCGCGGUCGGGCUGCUGUCGAGCGAGGGUCAGGCCACGGCCACGCCCAAGCACGGCACCAUCGACAGCCUCAUCGAGACACUGACGUCGACGACCAACCAGGCCGACGCCAAGCAGGUCAUGGAGAAGGUCGUCGGACCUAAAGAUGCGAACGCCGCCACUGCCGGAGUUAAAAACGGGACUGCGAGGCAAGAGCGACGAGGCAGCGUGAGCCUCAUGAUCGAGCGCUGGGAGCUGCUAGGCACGAGCUCGGGCACGGUCCCGACCAAGCUCACCCGCACCACGUCCGACGAUCAGCCCGACCCGCUCUCGAGCCGAGCAACGGCGCUCGACGAUCGUCAGCCGCUCUCGCCCAAGUCCCUCACCAAGCGCAAGUCGCCGCGAGCCUUCAUCCACUAUUUCUCCCUGUCUCGGAGCUAUCGCCCGCACGCCGCCCUGACGACCGAUAGCGCGGCUCCAGGCCACAGGCCAGCGGCGGCAAAGCACGGCGAAAGCGAAUCGAACGUCGGAGGGAAGAAACCGAAGCCAAACGUCGGUGGCGGCGGCGCCGGGGCCGAGCCGCCGGUGGUGCCGAUGCUGGUGAUCUCUCCGGCGGUGCGAGCGCUUCAGAAGGAGGCCCAGCGACGGCGCCGGCUCUCUAUUCCUGUGACUCCGAGGGAGAAGCAGGGCACCCAGAUACUCCUGCGGCUCAACGAGGAGAGGGAAGCGGCCGAGAGACGACAGAUACUCGAGCAACAGCAGCAGCAACAGGAGCAGCCACCAGCGGCGCCGGUCACACCCAAGAGUGCGCGGACCGAGGGUGAGAGCACCGAAGCGAAGUCGAGCGGAGAAAGCCAUGAAGCGUCGCCGAUCGACACGCCGACGGCCGGCGCGAAGAAGACGGUCGAGGUGGAGGUGAAGGCGGAGGAGCAAAUGGAGAGGGUUGAGAGCGGUGCAGUCGAAGCUGAGAUAAUGAAGAGCCCGCUCAAGAAGAAGGAGAAGGUCGAGAGCGGUGCAGUCGAGGCUGAGAUGGAGAGGGUUGAGAGCGGUGCAGUCGAAGCUGAGAUAAUGACGAGCCCGCUCAAGAAGAAGGAGAAGGAGCCUAAGAAAGAGAAGACGUCGCGGAAGCCCCAUAAAAAGGAGGCCAAGAAGAACGAGGACGAAGGAACGCCGACGCUGAGGAAGGCGAGAUCGAAGUCACUCAAGCGGAGCACGGCCAAGGCUCUGGCGUCGUCGAUGGACUCUGCCGCCUCUCCCCCUCCCGACGCCGCUAUCGAACCGAUCGAAAAGAGCGAAGCGGCAAUCGCGGAAAAGCCGAAAGAGCGAAGAACGAAGGGUCGAUCGAAGAGCCUGGGCAAGGGCAGCGGCAAGGAGAUCAAGCGCGAGUUGGUGACCGGCACCACCAAGGAGGACAAGGAGGCCAAGGAGGCCAAGAAGGGCAAGCGACGGACCGCCGGCCUGCUGAACGAUUGGCGGAAGAACCUCAAGACAGGCGAAGAUGGAGGAGACGACGCGGUGGCGACGACGAUAGUGGCCAAGUCGCCGGUGGUGCGAAAGGUCAGGCGGCGAGAGACGCUGGGCUCUCUCGCCGACGGGCAGCGACUCACGGCCGGCAAGGAGGAAAAGAGCGAAGACGGCGGCGAGAAGGUGAGAGCGAAGAAAGCGAAGAAGACAGGCUUCGACGCGACCAUCCACGCUUCCCUCGACCACCAGGCCAUCGGAGCUAUGUGUGGCGACGAAGAGGAGGAGUCGCCCAAGCGAAAGAAGAAGAAGCGAUCGAAGAGCCUGAGCAGGAGCGACGGGAAGGAGAUGAUGAAGAAGAAGGAGCUCCUCAUUGGCACCAAGACUGUCGACCCGAUGGAAAAGCUCAAGCGGGCCAAGGAAAGGCACCACUCCGCCGAGGACCUCAUCCAGGAACACCACUCGGCCAAGCGAAAGAAGAAGAGGAAGUCGAUCGAGCAGAAGCACGGCACGACUUCAUCUUCGACCGACCACAGCGAGCCCACCACCACAGUCACCACCGCCACCACCGACGACGCCAAGCAAGAGAAGAAGAAAAAGAAGAAGGCAACGAAGGCAUCGUCGCCAUCAUCAUCUUCAUCUUCAUCUUCAUCUUCGUCGGCAGCGUCAGCGUCAACUCCCACGGCUAAGUCGAAGAAGCAACACGGCAAGGAGAAGGGAAAGGAGCGGGACAAGGGCGCCCGACUGCGCAAGUCGGGGCAGAACACGCCCGACAAGCGGGAGGCGGCCAAGGUGCGCGAGAAGGCGGAGGACGAGAUGGACGCCUGGUGGUGGCGCAAGCGGGCCGAUCGGGUGAUGAUCAAGUGCUUCUGGGGCGACGAGUUGACGAUCGUCUUCGUGCGCCCCGACAUAAGAUUGCCGCAGCUCAAGCGUCUUCUCCGCAAGCAGUUCCUUCAGCCUCCCCACUGGCGCAUCGAACUCAAGUCGCAUUACAACCUGCAGAGGCGGCUUGUGACGCUGAACAAGACGGCGUACCUACACGCGGCCUUGCAGUACCACGUCCGAACGUCCUACGACCCGAAACACCCAAUGGAACGAGCCGCGAUGAGGCUCUUCCUGCGCGAGGUGUCCUGA